AUGGUUACGCUUCCCCUCGAACUGCAAGAUGACAUUGUCGCCCACCUAUGCCGCAAGGACCUCGAAGCGGCCAUCGCCACCAGCGGCGACGUCGGCAUCGCUGCUUCCCGACGCCUCGCCAAGCUCAAGGCGCAGUAUGGCCACGUUAUCAUGCCAGCGGACGCCGAGUGGCCGUCACUCGAGUCACCCGAGCAUCGCGAGUAUACGCGCAUCAUCAGUGUCCCGGACCACGACUUCGGCCACUGUCUGAAGUGGAGUGACCUCGGGCAGAACGAGGACCCCGUGCCACUCGACGUGCUGGACGCGGUUCGGGUCCACUUUGCGCCGGUUACGCCAUCCCACGUCGCAGGCCAGCCGCCACCCAACAGUGCACUCACCAUCCACGGGCAUAACCGCGAGGGAUGCUGGUCCGCGCUACCCCGCCUCCCUGCCCCCGUUGCCGUGCUCCGCGGCCUGAGCGUCACGACAGCUGGGUUCUGCUCGUCGCUGUACUGCGGUGGCAUGCCGCUCGAGCUUGCGGACAAGGUCGAGCACUUGGUGCUCGUGUUUGAGCCUGACUCACGCUUGCCAGUGUCCGAGGAGGACGCUAGUGAGUGGUACUUUGGGCCACGGGAGCACCCGACCGAGCUUGCAUCCAUUGUACAGGCCAGCACGAAGAGACUCACCGUCGUCUUUAAUGCGCCACCUGGCUCGCCAUGGCGCCCGACCGACGCGCCGGUUGCACUGACCCACGAGGUCAUUGCCUCGGCAGUGGACAUUCUCCUUGAAGAUCUAGUUUGUCGAGCCAUCGACGCGCACGACGAAAACGCGUUACCCCUCAAAGUCACCAUUGUCAACCUCGCCGCCAUCUACGACCAUGUCGACUACGCCUACGAGGACACCGUGUACGCAGGCAUGAGCAAUUUUCUGGGCGACGAGCCCGCGUGUAUCUGCCCCGACGAGGAGAGCGAGGACGGUGGCAGCGACGCCAAGGACUCAGCUACAGAAGGCGAAGCGGAGUCCGACAACGCUACCUGCCCGCGCACCCGCAGGCUCAACGAGUUGCUUGGACCGGUGCAGGACAUUACGAUGGAAGAGUACCUGGUGGAUGAUGACUGGGAGCUGGUGUUUGACAGGGACGAGGUGGCUGCAUGGCUGGAUUUGUAA